AUGGCAGCUAGUAAGGGAAACGUUCGUAUACUUCAACAGAUUUUAAAACAGUGCCCGGAUAUAGAUGAAUUAUUAGACAAGGAGGGAAAUAAUUUUCUUCAUGUCGCUUUCAAAUGUGGAAGGUUAGAUGCGGUCAAGAAAAUUAUCUCCAGGAGACCGGAUCUCAGUAAGCUGUUAAAAGAUCCGGAUAACGACGGAAAUACGCCGUUACACACGGCUGUUACAAACGGUGCCCAAGGGAGCGUGCAUUUUCUUCUCCGGGACAAAACCGUAUGCGUCGACGUUAUCAACCACGACGGCUUCACCCCUCUCGACUUGGCGUACGGAAUGUUGGAUAAUAAAGACCUGCAAUUCCGGACGAAUACAGCAGAAGUUUGCAUUGCUAGCUGCCUGGCUUUAACAAAGGCUCCGACCAGUCCCCGAGAAUUGCGCGAUUUAGAAAGCGGUGAAUUAACCAGUGAUGAGACCAAAGAGAGACAGUCCGGCGACGAGGGCAAGGAAAUCGGGAGACAGGUGAAUUUCGCCAGAAAUCUCGGGAUUGCUGCGGUGUUGAUUGCUACGGUCACAUUUGCUGCUGGUUUCACCCUCCCCGGGGGGUACGUAGCCGAUGAUCAUCCAGGCCGUGGCACAGCAGUUCUAGCAAAAGAGUAUGCCUUCAAGGUAUUCCUAGUCUCAGAUGCCACCGCGUUGGUCUGCUCCCUCGUAGCCACAUGCUGGCUCAUGUAUGCAGGAACGUCGAUAGUUGAUACACAUACUCGCAUACGAGCCCUUUGGGGGGCUAAAAAUUGUCUAUGGGUGGCAUUUGCGGGCAUGUGCACUGCAUUCGCCAUGGGUAUAUAUGUAGUGUUGCCUCCCAGCUGCAAGCGUAUCAGCAUUCUUUUAUGCAUCACUGCUCUCGGGGCCCCUCUUUCAGCUCAGAUGGUGGCAAAUUGUAACCUCCUUAGUUUGCUGAAAACAGUAAUAAUCAGGCAGGGGUAUAGACAAUGUAUUUGGCCAACCAUACACCCGCAUGAUAAGAAACGUCUUGGUCAUGCUUUGCUGCCGCCCGGUGGACGUCUCUAUACUUUGCUGCUUGAGACAUUGGGCCUUUAUCUUCUCUUUUUCCUGUCAGCGAUGCUCUAG